AAUUGACAACUGUCAGUUACCACGAGACGAAAAUUGGAAUUGUAAAUUGUAAACUUGAGUAUAGGAAACCUGCAUUAUAUUUGAAUUCUAUUAUAACUCAGGUAAAUCAUUGGAAGUUUCUCGAAUUUCCUUACCGGCGAUAUCCUUCCUGUUUUUCUUGCACACCGGAUGAAGUAAGUCUGCAGAUUAACAAUGCCGCAGUCACGUCGCAAAGCCCCAUUCAGUGGGAAGGCUAAGAAGCAACAACUGCAAGCUAAAAAGAAUAAGAACUUGCUGGUAUCUGCAUCAACAAGUUCGAAUGCAUAUGAUGUGGUAUCCGUGAACUACCAACCGAAGGCGCGUGGACGUGAUACAAAUAGAUAUGCUCUCAAAUUCUACAGAGAAACGGAUGAGGAACUCAAAAUGAAGAAAGAAGAUUCAAUGAAAUCAUUGAAUAGGGUAUUAGAGAAGGAUAUGGAGGUAGAUCCGACAGAUUACUUCCCAUCGGAUAUCUCAUUCCCGAAGCGACCUCCAUGGGACUUCUCUAUGACUGCUGCCCAACUGGAUGCACAGGAACAGAAGUACUUCAGGGAGUAUAUAGAUGCACUGCAAGCGUCCGAACAUUGGAAGGACAUGUCAUAUUUUGAGCUGAAUUUGGAGACGUGGCGUCAGUUGUGGCGUGUAUUGGAGAUGUGCGAUGUCUUAUUGUUGAUUGUGGAUAUUAGAUAUGCUGGUAUGAUGUUUCCCCCAUCUUUAUAUGAAUAUGUUAAACAACAGAAAAAGAAUAUGAUUUUGGUGCUAAAUAAGAUAGAUUUAGUACCGGCAUCUGUUGUGGCCGCUUGGAAGGAAUUUCUACUGAAGAAGUAUCCCGAUUUGAAAAUUGUAUAUUUUACAUCUUGUCCGGGAUAUAAUUUGAGAGGAAGUACCAGUGAUAGAACUGGUCUUCAAAUACGCAGACGUAGAGGGAAGCAACGUAUGUGUGUUGAAGGCGCUAUGAAGAUAUAUGAGGCUUGUAUGGAAAUUGUGAACGACGAAAUUGACUUAAGCACGUGGAAGUUGAAAAUAAUCGAAGAGAAUAAUUUGGAGUUCGAUUAUGAUAAGGCUGCUUCAGUUGGUGAAACUAUUAUCCAGGAAGUGGAUACAACAUUUUAUAGACAUGAGAAAUAUAAAAAUGAAAUUUUAACAAUAGGAUGUGUUGGACAACCAAAUGUAGGGAAAUCCUCUCUAAUGAACGCUAUAAUGGGAAAGAAAGUUGUCUCAGUAUCAAAAACUCCGGGACAUACAAAACAUUUUCAAACAAUAAUGCUGACUCCGCAGGUACGUCUGUGUGAUUGCCCGGGGUUAGUGUUUCCAUCCAAAGUCCCCCGACCCAUACAGAUAUUGAUGGGAUCAUAUCCCAUCGCUCAACUGAGAGAGCCUUAUACUACUAUCAGGUAUUUAGCAGAAAGGUUAGAUUUGCCCAGACUACUGCGUCUGGAGCAUCCAGAUUUAGAUGACACCUGGUCUCCUAGAGACAUCUGCGACGGAUGGGCCAAAAAACGUAGCUACCUCACCGCUAAAGCCGCCAGGUUAGAUACAUACCGAGCAGCGAAUAGUCUUUUAAGGAUGGCUUUAGAUGGAAGGAUAUGUUUGUGGCUUCGACCACCAGGUUUUACUGAGGAAAAGUAUAAAUACGAGUCUUGUGAGGAAACUGAAUACAUUAAUUGGGUGAAAUCAACAACGAGUUAUUUAGACGCGGAUUCCGGUAAUUCCGAUACCGAUAUUUCCGAAUCCGGUAAUGAACAAGAAAGUGAAACUGAUGAUGAAGAACAAACAGCGAUGGCGAAUAAAUUCGCCGCUUUGGCGAAUGUUGAAUGAAGAUUUGAUGAAACGCACAUUUGACACAACUGUUUAGUCUCGCUUUGAUUUUAUUUU